AUGAGUUGGCGAUCAGAACGUAUAUGGAUAGAACUUAUAGCGGGGUCUCGAAAAACAAGUAAUUUCUGCUGGGCCUUUAUACUUUUUUUAGGUUCAUUGGGAUUUUUAUUGGUUGGAAUUUCCAGCUAUCUUGGCAGAAAUUUGAUAUCUUUAUUUCCGUCUCAGCAAAUAAUUUUUUUCCCACAAGGGAUCGUGAUGUCUUUCUAUGGGAUCGCCGGUCUAUUUAUUAGUUCUUAUUUGUGGUGCACAAUUUUGUGGAAUGUAGGUAGUGGUUAUGAUCGAUUCGAUAGAAAAGAAGGAAUAGUGUGUAUUUUUCGCUGGGGAUUUCCGGGAAAAAAUCGUCGCAUCUUACUACGAUUCCUUAUGAAAGAUAUUCAGUCUAUUAGAAUAGAAGUUAAAGAGGGUAUUUAUGCUCGGCGUGUCCUUUAUAUGGAAAUCAGAGGCCGGGGGUCUAUUCCUUUGACUCGUACUGAUGAGAAUUUGACUCCACGAGAAAUUGAGCAAAAAGUAGCGGAAUUGGCCUAUUUUUUGCGUGUACCAAUUGAAGUCAUGCAAACCAGAAAGACCUUUUCUUGGAUAAAGGAAGAGAUUACUCGUUCCAUUUCCGUAUCGCUCAUGAUAUAUAUAAUAACUUGGGCAUCCAUUUCAAAUGCAUAUCCCAUUUUUGCACAGCAGGGUUAUGAAAAUCCACGGGAAGCAACUGGUCGUAUUGUAUGUGCCAAUUGUCAUUUAGCUAAUAAACCCGUGGAUAUUGAGGUUCCACAAGCGGUACUUCCAGAUACUGUAUUUGAAGCAGUUGUUCGAAUUCCUUAUAAUAUGCAACUGAAACAAGUUCUUGCUAAUGGUAAAAAGGGGGCUUUGAAUGUGGGGGCUGUUCUUAUUUUACCUGAGGGGUUUGAAUUAGCCCCUCCCGAUCGUAUUUCGCCAGAGAUGAAAGAAAAGAUGGGAAAUCUGUCUUUUCAGAGUUAUCGCCCCACUAAAAAAAAUAUUCUUGUGAUAGGUCCUGUUCCUGGUCAGAAAUAUAGUGAAAUUACCUUUCCUAUUCUUUCUCCGGACCCCGCCGCUAAGAAAGAUGUUCACUUUUUAAAAUAUCCCAUAUAUGUAGGCGGAAACAGGGGAAGGGGUCAGAUUUAUCCCGACGGGAGCAAGAGCAACAAUACGGUUUAUAAUGCUAUAGCAGCAGGUAUAGUAAGCAAAAUCAUACGAAAAGAAAAAGGGGGGUACGAAAUAACCAUAACGAAUGCGUCAGAGGGACGUCAAGUGAUUGAUAUUAUACCUCCAGGACCAGAACUUCUUGUUUCAGAAGGCGAAUCCAUCAAACUUGAUCAACCAUUAACGAGUAAUCCUAAUGUGGGUGGAUUUGGUCAGGGGGAUGCAGAAAUAGUACUUCAAGACCCAUUACGUGUCCAAGGCCUUUUGUUCUUCUUGGCAUCCGUUAUUUUGGCACAAAUCUUUUUGGUUCUUAAAAAGAAACAGUUUGAGAAGGUUCAAUUGUCCGAAAUGAAUUUCUAGAUCUGUAAAUUCAUCAACAUGAAGUUCUUAAAAAGAACAAAAAUUUUGUUGGUAAUUAUGUAUGAUCAAAAAAAAUUGUGAAAAGCUCUUUGCUUUUUUUUAUAUUUUUUUUAUACCAGAUUUUGAGAAUUACUUGUACCGCAUUUCUAGUUAUAAUCUGUAUAUUGGUAAGAAGACUAUUUGAUUUUAUCCUCUCUUUUCUUUUGUGUUUUUUUUUAAUCUAAAAAAUUGGGAGCGGUGUGAUUUUUUUACUAUUGUCAGAUUUAACUGUCAUAGAGUGGAUCAAUAGCUUUUCUAUUCUAAUAGAAUCCAAUUUGACUAGAUACUAAGCAUAAAAUAAGUAAGCGGAAAAGCAAAGGCUAAAUUAAAGGGAACAAAGGAUUCUAGGAGGUAUUAUUUUAUUCGUCUUCCUAGUCUUCGACACAAGAAAAGGAAUUUUCCACAUCCCUUUCUUGUGUCAAAAUAAAAAUAAAAUAAUAAUGAUUCUUGAUCCCAUUCCUCAAUACUAUUCUUAGUUUAUAUUUUUUUUUUCUAGGUUUAUCAUAACUUCCUUUUCAAUUUUAUACGUAUAAAUUCGAUUUAUUACGUAUAAAAAAAAUUUUAAGUAGUGGACAAACAAAAAAAAAAAGAAAAGGAAAUUUUUUGAGCAAAUAGAA